AUGCGAUGCGCGAGCAAAGCCGCCGAGAGCGCGGCCGCACGCCUCUGUGCGGACGCCGAAGCAGAAACCACAGCAACUGAUGUCUCAUCGGUUGCUGAAGCGACCCAGCCUAUUUCACUUGGUGAUGCAGACGCUGGUCAUGAAGACACUCUUGUCUUCACAGAGUACGAGCUCGGUGUCUCGUACUGUCCUGAUACGGAAGACGGAUCCGUAUCGACGGCGAUCGAAUCCAAGCCGCCUGCCAAGCGUGGCAUGGAUGAUGCUAUGUGUCGCAGCAUCUUUGGUUCAUCCGACAUUUCAGAUGAACCAUCGCCGAAGCGAAGGCGCUCGAGUACUUCUGUCGGCACAUCGCUGGAAGAGCGGGACCGCAAUGUCUUGCGUCUCGCUCCUGAGAAGAAGGCAUGGAUGCCUCCCAAAUCUGUCAUGGAUCACUUGUCGGAGACGACGAGUGGUUGA